CACCCUCACCAUCUGCAGCAAUGUCCUCUUUGUUGUGUCUUCCUUGCUUAAUGCAACCUCACAUGCCGAAUCGACCAAGAUGGGGGGCGACUUAUUUCGAAGCAUGACGGAACUACAGUUGAUUAUGUUAGAAAUGAAGGCCCCUGAGCUUGCAAACAUCUACGUGCUUCUCAAUAAGAGCGGCUGUUCUAAUUUGGAAAGGCUAUUUGUGCAGUUCCCCAUCGCCCCCCACGAGCCCUUGGUGGAUUCGUUUGACUAUGUGGGGUUAGAGCAGCCACCAGAUGUUCUGGAAAACCUCAAGGUGGUAAAGAUUACAAACUUCAAUUGGAACCGCUAUGAGCUGCAGCUAGUCUGUAUUUUGUUGAGGAAGGCCAGCUCUCUUCAUAAACUGCUGCUGAUUACUCCCAGUUUGGAGCCAUUACAAGUGCACGGUAUCCAGCAGCAGGCAGACCUUUUGUUUCUUGCAGAAGCUGUGGCGAAUGGAAAAGUAAUACUCAGUGGGUCUGAUGAUGCAGCAACCCAGCCAUUUCAUUCAGAUGCAUCUGCCGACUUUAAGACAUUUAGUUGCUAGGCCCAACCUGCCUUUGGAAGCGCUGUGACUGCUGUGAGAAAGUAAAUGUGUGUGCAACAAGGAUGAGCAAGCUAAUAAUGAUGCAGCUCAUCAGGCUAAUAUAUGCUACAGGUACUACCACUUGAGGGGAUGAUAGAUCUAUUGUAGUGCUGCCAUUCGCAAUUUAUAAAAUUAUAAAGCCUGCGCUUGGGUCAGGAGUGGUUUGCAUUUUUACAGGGUUCCCACUUGCAAGUGCCCUUGGGUCUUCUUCUCUGUUGUCAUGCAUUUUUUCGUAUGUUAUAGUGGCGUGGAAGGAAUGCUUGCUGGAACUGAGGCUGUAUUGCUAGAGGUGGUGUUGUGUCCUGCAAUUCAGGCCAUAUUAUUAGGCUUGGUUCACGACUGGGAGUCAAGAUUGAUUUAUCUUUUGAUAUUUCUCUAUGCUGUCUUGUGUAGUCAAAAAGUGAGAUUCCCUGGUUUUCAUAGAUCAUAGUAUGAUUGAGUUUGUUUCGUGAGCAA